AUGGUGGAACCACUUUGUACAUACAUUGUGGAAAAUUUUGUAGUUCAGUUUGGAAGAAUUCGAGCAAAGUCUUGGAACUCAGGUGAAAAAGUACAACCAGGAUACAGAAAUGAAAAUGGGAGUUGUACGCAGAAGGAAAAAAUUAGCAUGCUGUCCACCUUCAUCGUACCAUUCAAGUUUAUCGACCCUGGGGCAAGCAGCAUGGAUGAUGAAGACAAUUUAAGUACCAGCAGUGCAGAGGUAAAGGAAAACCGAAAUGUUAGGAACCGAGAGGACCUGGCCUUAUCUACUGACAGAUCGAAGGUUGGACCAACCAGUCUCAAACGAAAGAGGCCAUUGGAGGAAGGUAAUGGUGGGCAUUUCUGCAAACUACAGAUAAUACUAAAGAAACUAUCAUGGUCAGUGACACCAAAAAAUGCUCUUGUUCAGCUUCAUGAAUUAAAACCUGAUCUGCAAUACAGAAUAGUUUCACAGACUGGCCCGGUGCACGCCCCGGUGUUUUCUGUAGCGGUGGAAGUAAAUGGACUCACUUUUGAGGGCAGUGGACCUACAAAAAAGAAAGCAAAAAUGAGGGCAGCUGAGUUGGCUUUAAAAUCAUUUGUUCAGUUUCCAAAUGCUUGCCAAGCACAUUUUGCAAUGGGAAACUGCAUCAGCCCAUCAACUGACUUCACAUCUGACCAGGCAGACUUCCCAGAUACUCUGUUCAAAGAGUUUGAACCAUCUACACACAGCGAGCACUUCCCAGGCUAUAGCCCAGUUAAUAAUGAAUUGCUUUCCAGUGCAUAUGCAUCUCGACAUGGGAGAUUACUCUGUCACACGUUGGAUUUAAUGGGCCAUACCAAACAAAGCAAGCACAAGAUGGCAUCCGCAGCUGAGAGUGAGAAGAACCCAGUGGUGAUGUUAAAUGAGCUGAGACCUGGGCUGAGGUAUGUCUGCCUUUCAGAAACUGUGGAGAAGCAGCAUAUAAAAUGUUUUGUGAUGGCAAUGAGAGUGGAUGGGAGGACAUUUGAAGGUUCAGGACGGAGCAAGAAGUUGGCCAAAGCCCAAGCUGCGCAAGCUGCACUACAGGCACUCUUCAAUAUUCAGCUGACCAGCCACAUACCCAACAAGAGUAAAUGUAACCACUUAUCACAGGAAUUUGCAGACUCCAUAUAUCAGCUGGUAAUACAAAAAUUCCAGGACCUCACAGAAAACUUCUCAGUAUGCACACGUCACAAAGCCCUAGCAGCCAUUGUCAUGACCAAAGGUUUAGACCUGAGGCAGGCACAGGUCAUUGCCCUGUCUUCUGGCACCAAAUGCAUCAAUGGAGAAUAUCUUAAUGACCAAGGGCUGGUGGUCAAUGACUGCCAUGCGGAGGUUGUUGUGCGAAGAGCUUUCAUCCAUUUCCUUUAUACUCAGCUGGAGCUACAUUUAAGCAAGCACAGAAGUGACUGGGAAAGAUCUGUUUUCAUCCGGUUAAAAGAAGGAGGCUUCCGACUGAAGGACAGUGUCUUAUUCCAUCUGUAUGUUAGCACAUCGCCAUGUGGAGAUGCUCGGAUCAACUCUCCCUAUGAGAUAACAUCUAAUUUGAACAAGUGCAAGCACAUAAUGAGGAAGUUUCGAGGUCAUCUUCGUACAAAGAUAGAGUCUGGAGAAGGAACGAUUCCAGUGAGGACUCGGCCUGCCGUACAGACAUGGGACGGUGUAUUAUCGGGAGAGCAGCUAGUCACAAUGUCUUGUACAGACAAACUGACCAGAUGGAAUAUCCUGGGGUUACAGGGUGCUCUCCUUAGUCACUUCAUCGAGCCUGUUUACGUGCACAGCAUUAUCGUCGGCAGCCUACACCACACAGGCCACCUGUCCAGGGUAAUGAGCCACAGAAUAGAAGAGAUUGGUAAAUUGCCAGCACCGUAUCGGCAUAAUCAUCCUCUCCUUAGCGGUAAGCAAAUGCCUUUCUUGUAG